GCCAGAGUUUCACUCGGCACCGCACCCUCCUGUUCAGGUCGGACAGGUUCAGGGGGAUUUUUCUCCUGGUGGUUUUUUAUAAAGCUCUGCGAUUUUGUGUGCAGCUGUGAGUUCGAGUCGGGGAGUUUAUCAGACAGCAGAUCACAGCCGCAGAAAUGACGACCAAGAUGGUGAUAAAGCAGCCGCAGCCGGUGCUGGAGUCUAAAGAAUCUGAUGAGUGGCACUCCGGGAUCUGCGACUGCUGCGACAACAAGGCUGAGUGUUGUUUUGUGUUUUGGUGCUGCCCGUGUUUCGCCUGCAUGAAGACUAAAGAAUAUGGCCAGUGUUUGUGUCUCCCCCUGCUGGAUAUGUGUGGUAUCGUCUCACCUGCCACAUGGGCCAUGAGGGUGUCGAUGCGUCACCGUUACGGCAUUAAGGGCACGCUCUGUAAUGACUGUCUGAUCGCCACAUGCUGUACGCCCUGCACCUGGUGUCAGAUGUCACGUGAGAUGAAAUUGCGUGCAAUUCCCAUCGCCCUGCUCAAUGCCAGGCCAAAGAACUGAUCCUGUUUCAUCUGCCAGAAAAUCAUCUCCAACAAAGUGUUGUAUAAAUGUAUUUAUUUAUAUAAAGCUUCUAUUCAUCACAGUGUUUAAUCACAUGACAGUUCAGAGUUCUGUGAACUUCACCUACAUGUACUGCAUAUUUCUCUUUUAUUUUCAAAAAGUUGUAUCGCUAACAUUGUAGUAAAAAUAAAAUGUAUGUUGAAUUCUG